AUGACUGACAAGAUUAUUGGUUCGACAAAGCAGCAACAUUCAGAUGACGUGGAGAGGGAGGUAAUAUUAAAAAUACCGAACUUGGACAUUGCGCAACUCCGUUUUUUAGUGUUUCAUCCCGAUAUUGAUCCAAAAGUAAAGCAGGAAAAUAGUGCUAAACUUUUGGAAUUAAUCAAAGAGAAUGAAAUGGGGCCGUAUUACAAACUAAUAUGUGCUGAAACUGGGACUGCUAUGGAUGAGGCUUUGUUCGAAGACUUGAAAAAGGCCAAUGAAAAACGUCUUAAAGAAAUGGAUGACGAGAUUGCAGAUGCUGAACAGAACUUGGGUACCUUUAAUGACUUGUUGAAUUCAGUCCAACUGUUGUGCGAAAUAAUAGUUGCGAACGAACUAUCGACUUAUUUGCCAUCCUUAUUGAUCGUACUUUUUGCAGGUGAAAGUGAAGUUCGUCAGGCAUAUUUACGAAAAAGUGAAUAUUUCUGUAAAAUCGGUGAUAAAGACGCUGCGGUUUCAUCAUUUAGACAAACAUACGAAAAAACAGUUGGCAUUGGAUAUAGGAUUGAUUUGAUUUUUAAUUUAAUUAGACUUGGUCUUUUCUUCUUGGAUCACCAGUUGAUAAAUGCAAAUAUUGCUAAAGCAAAAGACCUUAUGGAACAGGGUGGAGAUUGGGAGCGUAAGAAUCGUCUUCGAUCUUAUGAGGGCCUUUAUAAAAUGUCCAUAAGAGAGAUGAAAGGAGCCGCUGCGCUUUUUCUAGAAGCUGUACCAACUUUCGGUUCAUACGAGCUGAUGACUUAUGAACAACUUGUGUUCUAUACUGUCAUUUCAGCUGUUUAUGCAUUGGAGCGUCCAGAUUUGCGCGCAAAAGUCAUCAGAUGCAAUGAGAUCCAAGAACAGCUCAGUGGUGGUGGUGAAAAUAGUGAUUUAGUACCUGUAAAGCAAUAUUUGGAAGCCUUUUAUGGAUGCAGAUACGAUGAGCUAUUUUUGGUGCUUGCAAAAUUAGAAAGUGAACGGUUAAAAUUCGACCGCUAUUUAGCACCGCAUUAUAAUUUUUACUCUAGAAUGAUGCGCCUUAAAGCUUAUCAGCAGUUCCUCACACCUUAUAAAACAGUUCGUUUGGAUAUGAUGGCAAAAGACUUUGGAGUUUCAAAAGAAUUUAUUGACAAAGAAUUACAUCGACUUAUCGCGGCUGGUCAGCUGCACUGCAAAAUAGAUGCUGUUAGAGGAAUUAUAAUUAUGAAUCAUCCUGACACUAAAAAUCACCUCUAUCGCAGCGUUAUCAAAGAUGGUGAUAUUCUACUCAAUCGUAUACAGAAGUUGGCGCGUGUAAUUAAUGCUUAA